CAGGCACUUUCUCUUUCCCUGAGAAAGGCGGAUGGAAGCAAGCAACAGCGGUUAACGGGUUAAAAGGCAUCCAUCCUCAACGAAGAUAUAAAAUCAGUUAUUCUCAGGCAGAAAAUGUGUUUGACGAAUUGAUGGACCGGAGAGUAACGACGGGAGACAGAAGAGGGCGAUUGGGAUCUAAGGGAUCAGAAGAAGCGCAAUGACUAUUAUGAGAACUCUCCCCGUCGGGGAAGGUCGCGGCGAGGGUUGUGGUGGUGGUGGUGGUGGUGGCGGGGGCGGUGAGGGCCGCACGGUUGUGGUGGGAGUGAAGUUGGAUCAGCAAAGUAGAGAGUUACUAACGUGGUCUCUCGUCAAAGUCGCCCAGCCUGGAGAUCGUGUUAUUGCUCUUCAUGUUCUCGGCAAUACGGAAAUUCUUGAUCGAGAGGGCAAAUCGUCUCUGCUGUCGCUGGUUAAAGCUUUUGAUUCUGUACUUGCUGUUUAUGAAGGUUUCUGCAACCUGAAGCAGGUGGAUCUUAAACUUAAGAUCUGUAGAGGUUCAUCCAUCCGAAAAGUUCUGGUGAGGGAAGCGAAAUCCUAUGUGGCUAGCAAGGUCAUUGUUGGGACUGCUACUCACCAUCACACAAUUGGGUCGUCGGUUUCGAUUGCGAAGUACUGCGCGAGAAAACUCUCCAAAGAUUGUUGGGUUCUUGCGGUUAAUAAUGGGAAGAUCGUAUUCGAAAGAGAGGCAACUUCGGCAUCCACCGGUGGCUCAUUAGGAGCGGAAGAACGCCCGCGCAAGAAUUUUCUUACUUCAAUUCAUCGGUCACUGAGUAAAAAUUCUAAAGUACUAAGUGAUGCAACUGCCACGGCAACGGCAGAAGUUGACACGGUAUAUAAUGAGGAAGCUGCUCGAAAUUCUGAGGCGGACUUGUUGAAAUCCGUGGCGGAGAGUUUGCCAGUUGCACUGAAACGGAAUUGUUCAAUUUGUGCGCCGGACUCUAUUUCACGGGAUACCCAUUGUUCUAGAACUGCAGAAGAGCCUAAUGGUUGCGAUAGUGAAGGCAAUUCUUUGGCAUUGGUACCAGUACAGACCAUAGAGGCUGCAUCAAGUUCAAUUUCUCUGCUGAUUCGAGAAGUUCCAGAGUUGAGACCCGGUUGGCCACUUCUUCGCCGUUCAAUUUUACCUGACCGGAAGGCUAAAGGUUCAGCAAAAUCUUCUGUAAAGCAGAUCUCUGUAGUUCAGUGGGCAAUGCGGAUACCCGGUAGGAAUUCUUCGGCAGCAGUGCAUCCUGAUUGUAAACAAGCUUCUUGUGAUAAGGACGAAGAUUGUUCUUCCAAUUUGGAUGGACAGAACGGUGCAAUUGUUCCAGUGGAUACUGAUGCUAUCGUGCCUCCAGCUUCGCCUUACAAGAACCUUCCAAAAGAAUUAGAAGGUCUACACGAGAAAUACUCGGCCACGUGCAGAUUAUUCAAUUACCAGGAGCUUGUCUCUGCUACUUCUAACUUCACGACAGAGAAUUUGAUCGGAAAAGGAGGUAGUAGCCGGGUUUACAGAGGGCAUCUUCCUGAUGGCAAGGAACUUGCUGUGAAAAUUUUGAAUCCAUCCGAAGAUGUACUGAAUGAGUUUGUUUUGGAAAUUGAGAUAAUUACUGCUUUACAUCACAAGAACAUCACAUCCCUCUUUGGGUUCUGUUUUGAGGAGAACAAUCUUCUCUUGGUCUAUGAUUUCCUACCCAGAGGAAGCCUAGAAGAGAACCUCCAUGGUAAUAAAAGGGACGAUUCAGCAUUUGGUUGGAGUGAGAGAUAUAAGGUGGCACUGGGUGUUGCCGAGGCAUUGGAUUACUUGCACAGUCGAAGUGAUCAAGCUGUGAUCCAUAGGGAUGUGAAAUCAUCUAAUAUCCUUCUUUCCGAUGAUUUUGAGCCCCAGCUGUCGGAUUUUGGACUUGCUAAGUGGGCUUCUUCCUCAUCAUCCCAUAUAACUUGCACCGAUGUUGCGGGAACUUUCGGAUAUUUGGCUCCAGAAUACUUCAUGUAUGGCAAAGUAAAUGACAAAAUUGAUGUCUACGCAUUUGGUGUUGUGCUUCUUGAACUGCUUUCUGGAAGGAAGCCUAUCAGCAGUGAUUGUCCAAAGGGCCAGGAGAGCUUGGUUAUGUGGGCAAAGCCAAUUCUAAAUGGAGGGAAGACAACCCAAUUGUUGGAUCCAUGUUUAGGUGAUAUUUAUGACCCUGAUCAGAUGGAGAAGAUGGUUUUAGCUGCUACCCUCUGCAUCAGACGUUCACCUCAGUCUCGGCCUCGAAUGAGCCUUGUGUUGAAGCUCCUUCAAGGUGAUGCUGAGAUAUCCAAGUGGGCAAGGAUGCAGGUGGAUGCUUCAGAACAGUUUGAUACUCUGGAUGAUGAAGCAGUCCCUCCUCCUAACAUCCAGUCCCAUCUUAACGUUGCAUUGCUUGAUGUUGAGGAUGACUCACUCUCCAUUAGCAGCAGUGAGCAGAGUGUCCCACUGGAGGACUACCUGAGGGGAGGUGGAGCCGCUCAUCAAGCUUUGACUAACUUCGGUUUCAGCAAGGAAAGAUGAACACCAUCUUUUACUUGUGUAAUUCUUUUUUGUAAAUUCUUGUGGGUUUUGUUGUCUUUUGCACUUACAGUUUUCUAUGCUUUUUUCUAAGUAGGUCUUGGAUGAGAGGUUGUUGCAGAAGUUGUGCCCUCCUCCUUGACUUACUAGUAGUAAUGUCUCAGUCCCUAUUUGUUUGGGCUGGUUUUAGGAACCUUUAUGCCAGUUCUCUUUAGUUGUUCUUAAUCAGAAAGAUUAAGAGCUGAAUGUAGUUGAAAUUCUCGGUUGAUGUGAGCACAAGUAACCAAUUCUCAAUAUAUUAUACCUGAAGAAGAGAACAAAGCAAGCUUUCCUGAUAGUUAAUGAAUUUGGCUCUGCUGUAGUUUCUUUA